AUGGGGUCCCAGACAGCCCAAUCCCAGGGUUUCAAAAUUCUUCCCGCCACUGCAGAAGAUUUUGUGACCUUGGCAGAAGUGGAAUCUAUCAGCAAUGAAACCGCCACGAAUACCCCGAUGGAAGCAAACAUCUCCCGUAUCAUGUUUGGACCGCCCAAUGCUGAAAAUCACAAAUUCCGGGCUAAAGGUCUUGUCGACAGCCUGAGCAAGGACUCUACCAUGAGGAACUAUAAAGCCGUGGUGGAGGAAGACGGCAAAGAGAAGAUUGUCGCCUGGGCCUCAUGGAACUUCUACCCUGAGGUACAGCCUAUCAAGGAUUGGGUCGAUCUCGACUGGCCAGCGACUGCUAAUAAAGAGGCAUGCAACGAUCUCAUAGGCCGCAUGACAGCCAUCAGACAGCAAUAUAUGUCUGGAAGAAGAUUUGCCUUUCUACAAGUGCUUGCCACUCUUCCCGAUUUCCGGCUUAGAGGAAUUGGCUCGAGCCUUGUCCGACAUGGCCUUGCAGAAGCGGAGGCAUUGGGCUUGAGUGAUCUUUGGCUGACGGCCUCCGCGGACGGUCAUGAUCUCUACACGAAAUAUGGGUUCCAGGACCUUGAAUCUGUUUUCACGCAUGAGGAUAUUGCAAAGUAUGGAGGAUCGGGUGACCCAAAGAUCAUGGCCAUGGGACGAUUGGGCUAG